GGGAACGGCUCGAGCAAUAUGUGGGGACUUUCAGGCAAGUGAAUGAACGGUAAAGGGCUCGUGUCAUUCUCUCCCAACAACAUUUGGUGAUCUCGAGUGCUUCGCGUCUACUGUUAAAAAGAAAUGGAAACUUUACUUGAUUCACAAAGAUUGGCUGACGAAGUUGAAAGCACUCUUAUUAACUAUUACUGCAGUGGAGACAGUGGAUGGAGAGUUGGAAAGAAAACAAAAGACGUAAUUGUUUGGAGGAAACCUUCAGAAGAAUUUGGAGGAUAUUUGUACAAAACUCAAGGGAUUGUCAAGGAGCUUCCAAACAGGAUAGUGGAUUACAUUCGCCCGGGCCCAUAUAGGUUAGAUUGGGACAGUCUAAUGACGUCUUUGGACAUUAUUGGGGAAUUUGAACAGCAGGGAUCCUGUUUGAUGCGUUACACUACAGCAGGACAGUUGUGGAAUCUCAUUGCACCAAGAGAGUUUAUCGACUUUUCCUAUACCACUGAUUACCAGAAUGGACUGCUAUCUUGUGGAAUAAGUGUUGAAUAUGGGCAGGAACAAACAAAUUUUGUUCGUGGAUUUAAUCACCCAUGUGGAUGGUUUUGCAUUCCUUUGAAGAAUGAACCUGACUACAGCCUCUUGACUGGCUUUAUUCAGACCGAUUUACGAGGAAUGCUGCCUCAAACUGCAGUGGACUCUGCAAUGGCAAAUUCAUUAAUCAACUUCUACAUUGAACUCCGGAAUGCUUUGAAAAUUUAGAUUUAAAUGAAAAUAAUAACUAUUUUGAUAUUUAAUUUCUUGACAUAAAUUCCUUCCUAUUGUGCUACAGAGCUCGGGUAGGUAAUAAGUGCAAUAUUCUUUGGCUGUGGCCAUACUUAGUGUUUCAGCAUUUAAUGUACCUUUUCUGCGUGUAAAAGCAAUAUUACAAUUUCGAUAUAUUGAGAUUAGUAACUGUAUAUAGAUAAUCAACUUAAAUUCUGAUCACUAUGUUCUUAAUAUAUUUUAGCAACAUUAUUUGAAAUUCAAAGAGUAAAAUAUUGUAAUUCAAAAAAUUAAGAAAAUCGGUUUAGUCUGGAGGCCAUUGAAAGGCCAUAAAUUUCAAAUGCAAAGUGCAAAUUUGACCUUGCAGGUGCCAGUUUAUCUCCAAACUGGCAACCAUAGUGUGAAUAGGAACAUCCAGUGCUGGUUGCACCAGAAAUAACUGUAGCCAAGGUCUUACCGUGCACAGGAAGGGAGUAACCGCAGGAAUUAUGAGGGAUUGGUACAUCAUGACAUCAGUCAAAGUUGAUUUACUGCCAGCAAUGCAAUUUUAAGUUCAACAGUCCAGCUAAUAUCCUAUGUUAGAAUAUGCUUUCAGUAGCAGAAAGGACUUCCCCCUCAGCAUUAUUUAAAUAAAUCAACAGCUUCCAAAUUACUUGCUGAUUAAUUCCCAUUAGCUCUUGAUGUGACUGUAAACAUUUUUGAUGGCUUGCAGAGUUAAGAGAUGCUAAAGUACACAAGGAGUGCUGAAGGACUUUGCCAUGCCUUAAAGGAAUCUGCACUAUCUACUCCCAGUCAGGAAUGUAGAUCUUUUCAAUGCUCUUGAUCUGUGGCAUGACAUGGAAAAUGAGUAGAAGCAGCACAAAGCAGGGACGAAAAGGGCUCCCAGUAAGAUACCGUAUUUGACAAAUGUUCAGGGAAAGGGCAGCACAAGGGCUUAGUGGUUAGGCCAGAUGCCUCACAAUGCCAGGGACCAGGGUUCAAUUUCAGCCUCGGGUGACAGUCUGUGUGGAGUUUACAUAUUCUCCCCAUAUCUGCAUGGGUUUCUGCCAGCAGCUCCUCUUUCCUCCCACAGACCAAAGAUGUGCUGGUUAGGUGGAUUGCCCAUGUUAAAUUGUCUGCAGUAUCCAGGAAUGUCAGGCUGGGUGGGUUAGCCACAGUAAUUGUAGGGUUAUGGAGAUGGGCUAAUGGGCUUUGUUUGGAUGGGAUAUUCUUCAGAGGGUCAGUGCAGACUUGAUGGCUGAACAUCCUCUUUGCACACUGUAGGGAUUCAGUGAUUCUCUGAGAAUUCUACUCCCAGAACCUCAGUGAAGAAUAGUGUUAGAUAUCACUGCUUAGCUAAAGAUGUUUACUCUGAAAUCUGCUACCUGCUGCAUUCACACUACAACUGAAAGAAGGAUGAGGGUGACAUUGCCAGUUGUAUGGAAGUGACCCAGUCAUGAACUUUAAUGCUUUGGCUUCCUCCAGGAACCGCUGAUAUUUGCCACACCUCCCAGUCUAUUUUUCACUGUUAACAAAGAGAAGUCAUUGAGGCUCUGUAUUUCAAGAGAGCUGAAUACAUUUCAUUUUUCUUUCUAGAGAACCAGGUGUAGAGAGCAAGCAGCUUUAUGAGGAUUAUAGGCAUCUCUGUGGUUCAACAUGUCAUUGACUGCAUACAGACCAUUUUUAAAAAACAUGGCCUAUGAGUUUUAAAUGUACAGCAACUAGAAGGGAGCCCCAUACCUCAAGGUCCUACUAUUUUGUGACCAUAUGCAGCAAAUCAUGCAGGUCAUGUCUGGUAUCCUGGAAGCAGUCCUGUUACAUUCUGUGGCAGCCUGCCCUCUGCAGCAAGGGACUUCAGUUAUCACUGCAAACCAGAAGUGGAUGCUUUGUUGCUUGGGCUGUUCUCUAAUCACGUGAUUCUUGACAGGCUUUCUGGCAGGCCUACUCUUAUUUUGUUAUGCAUACGUGUCACUCCAUCAAAGUCCACACCUGAGUUCGUGAUAGCAGCAUUCAUGUGACUUUAUUUUCAGGCAAGUUGACAUCUCUCCUGCUGUCCUCUCACACCCGAUGUCUGCGUCUCAACACCUGCAGAGAUUUGUGCAUUAUCAUUAUCUGAGCUGGUGGCUGCAAGGUUAGAGUGAGUGACACUGUUCCUUCUCCAUCAUUGCCUUCCUGCUUUUCUAAGUUCUCCUUUUAGGAUGGGAGGGUAGAAAACAAAGCAUACAAAAAUAGGUCAUUUUCAUGCUGAGACCUCAUCUGUUUAGAAUCCGUAUCAAUGAGUUUGGUGAAGAAACUGAAUAUACGUAGCUAUAUUUUCUGAUGUCACAAAGGUAGGUAGGAAAGUAAGUUGUGAAGAUGUCAUUGGCAUCUACAAAAAGAUAUAGAUAAUAGAUUAAGUGAGUGAGCAGAACUUGGCAGGUGGAGUGGAAAAUUAGGAAUUUGUCUGUCUUGGAAUGAGGAACAGAAAAACAGCAUAUUAUUUAAAUAAAGAAAAAGCAGAACUCAGAUACAGAGGGAUAAGUGUCUUAGUACUUGUAUUUCAAAACAGGUUAUGUACAGGAACAGUAAGUAAUUAAGAAGGCAAAUGAAUACUGUUAAUUAUAAGGAAUGGAAAAUAAAUUAAGGAUGUUUUGCUGCAGUUGUACACUGGUGGGAUCAUAAUUGUACAAUUUUGUUCUCCUUAUUUAAGAAAGCCAUAACCAAAUGAGAAGCAUUUCAGAAAAGGUUUACUUGAUUGGUUUCUGGAAUUGUUUUGAGGAGGUUGGGUUGCAUGGAUCUGUACACAUUACAGAUGUGAUCUUAUUAAAACAUAAGAUUCUGAAAAGAUCUAAUAGGGUUAUUUCCAAGUCAAUAUUUCCACUUUUGGGAGAGACUAGAAAACAGACUUUUAAAAUAUGGCAUUUCCUAUUUAAGAUGGAAAUAAGGGGAGUAUUUCUCUCUGAGGGCCUUGGAUCUGUGGAACCUUUCCCCAGAAAGUGGUGGAGGUUGGGCCAUUGAAUAUUUUUAAGGUACGUGUAGAUUGUGACUAACAUGGCUGAGAAAGUAUUGGGGUUUGCAAGAAAGUGUAGACCAUAAUCAGAUCAACUGGUAUUGAAUUGUUGAGCAAGUUCAUGGGGCUGAAUAGCCAAUCCUUGUCCUUUUCCAUCACACUCCUAUUAGGUAUCUGAAAAGAGAAAGGCAUAAGUCUCAGUGACAGGAAGAGUGGAGUUGUGUGGGAGAAUGCAGUGCAUCCCUCAUCAUUUAUUGGUUGUAGAUCAAACACGCUUAUGAUCAGAUGAGGACAAAGCAGAAUGUAAGAAAGAUAGGUGAACUCAUCAAACUCUAAUUGUAUCAACACUAUCACCUCUUCCAACAUCUCACUUACUGGUCAGGUCUCAAGUUAUGUGACACUGUGUCCUGCAUGAGAGGGAGAAAUAGUGUCAGUGACCGUCCUGUAAUCUGUUUUGUUGAACUGUCAUGCUUUAAUAAAUGCCAGUGUGAAGCUGUAUGAGAUGAAGUGAACCUGUGACGUGUGAGGUAUGGAUCAUAAUUGAUACAUAAUGUUGAUAGGUGAAUAAUUGGAUUUCGUGUAUUGAUUAGAUUUUUUUUUAGAUUAGAUUAGACUUACAGUGUGGAAACAGGCCCUUCGGCCCAACAAGUCCACACCGACCCGCCGAAGCGCAACCCACCCAUACCCCUACAUUUACCCCUUACCUAACACUACGGGCAAUUUAGCAUGGCCAAUUCACCUGACCCGCACAUCUUUGGACUGUGGGAGGAAACCGGAGCACCCGGAGGAAACCCACACAGACACAGGGAGAACGUGCAAACUCCACACAGUCAGUCGCCUGAGUCGGGAAUUGAACCCGGGUCUACAGGCGCUGUGAGGCAGCAGUGCUAACCACUGUGCCACCGUGCCGCCCACAACCACUGUGCCACCGUGCCGCCCACAAAGUCCUGCGAGAGGCCCGUGACAGUUAUGGCAUUGAAGAUGUAUUUAUUGACCUUAGCCAUAAUUGUGACAUCACCGAAUGUCUUGAAACUCUGUUUCUAGGACCUAAGAACUAGACUCUUGACACCGUUCACCACAAUUACCUGCUCCCAAUGUCUUCUGAAUGUUGUCUGCAGGGCCUCUUGAGAGAUGACAUUACUCCUCCACUGUACCUCCUUGACUAAGGUUUCCAGUGUACUAUUUGAAAGCCUUGGAAUUACUAUUCACUGCUGUUCUUGUUCAAACUUCCGCAACAAUUUUCAGCAGCUGUACCUCCCUUUUAAGGUGGAGGCAGGUAUUAGGUAGUGUAGACUAACUUUAAUUUGUACCGACCUCUAAUAUUUUCCUGCAUGCCUGAGCAUGAUCUCUAAUCAACGGGAUACUUGGCACUGAUUAGAUUCUAGAAUCAUGCAAAAGAACAGUCAGAUAAAAGAACAGCAUCCAAAUGUUGAAUGUUGCCUGCAUUGGAAGUCAAAGAUAUGACUGAACUCGGUGAAUUAUAGAGGUGAGUAGAGGCAAAGGACUCAGGCUUCAAAUAUUAGUUUUCUAAGAUGCUGUGGAGUACUUACUACUACUUUUGUUUUCCAACAUCUCCCAAAUAAGAGUGUUUAUAUGUGCAUAAGUAAAUAUUUUGUGAUAUACGGGUAGUUUUCUAUAAAGUGAUGGUUGCAUUCUUGUGCAACUGUGCAUUAUGGAAAAUUUGCUCUUUAGAAACAGCAUUUAAAGUGUUGGCGAUGUAAUCAUGUUACAGUCAACACACAUUUUAAAAGUUUGUGCUUUAGAAACAGUAUCCACAAUUCAUCAAUUGCGUUUCAGUGAAUUUGCAUUAAUGAAACACGUUAUAGCAGAACGACCUGUACAUACAUAUAUCUAGAAUAUCUUUUGUGAAGUUUUGUUUGUUUCAUAAUGUUUCAAGGUAGUGAUUUAAAAAGUAGAAAAUGCUAAAUUAAGAAAUGAAUAAUGAAACCUGGAACAGCACAGGCAAUUGACCAGUUUCCAAAGAAAACAGCGAGACAUUUUUUUUGGACAUUUCAUUGUGCUUCAGUGUCUAGAGUUUAUGCACUUUGACCAGAUACUUUUAUUUUUUGCAUAUAGUGAAUGCCCCUAACUCUGUCACUAAUUGCUGAUUCUGUUCCCAUGAUUUGUCAAUACUCAAGUAAACAAAGGCAGUUAGUAUUGUUUCCAUUAUUUUAAGGUCCUUUUUGGGCGAUGUGCCACCAGUUUCCAAGAUUUUAUGAUUUAAAUAAUAGUUCAAUACUCACUGAAUUAAUUAUGCUGCACUGACUAAAUAUAAAAUCUUGACCAAUCUUAUAACAGUAGACUUGUCAUCCUGAAACAUCAUUAUGCAUGUAGCAGUUAUGUUUUAAUAGCUAAAUGUUUGUUAAUUAUAACCUGACUUACACCAUUAAA